AUGGAUGAUGAAGCUGAAACUUAUAAAUUAUGGCGUAUUCGAAAAACAGUUUUACAGAUGUGUCAUGAUCGUGGUUAUCUUGUAAGUCAAGAUGAACUUGAUCAAACACUUGAUCAAUUUAAAGCUGUUUUUGGUGAUAAACCAAGUGAAAAUAAACCAGCACGAUCUCAAUUAAUUGUAAUGGUUGCUCAUAAUGAUGAUCCAACAGAUACAAUGAUUGUUCAAUUUCCUGAUCAACCUAAAAUUGGUGUUGAUAGAAUAAAAGAUUAUUUUAAAAAAAUGCAAGAAGAAAGUAUUCCACAUUCAAUUCUUGUUGUACAAACUGGUUUAACACCAGCAGCUCGUGAUUUAAUUACUGAAUUACAGAAUAAAAGUUUUUCAUUUCAAGUUUUUCUUGAAAGUGAAUUAUUAAUUAAUAUUACUGAACAUAAUCUUGUACCAAAACAUGUUAUAUUAACACCAGAAGAAAAACAAGAAUUAUUAGCACGAUAUCGUCUAAAAGAAAGUCAGUUACCACGUAUUCAAUAUGGUGAUCCUGUUGCUCGAUAUUUUGGUUUGAAACGUGGACAAGUAAGUAAUAAAUAA